CCAAAUCGAAAAAAUUCAGCUUCCCACCAAAAAAAUAUAUGGAAACAGUAAGUUCCCACAAAAGCCAUUUCGAAUCCAAUGGCUCUUCAAUAAAACUCCAGAAAACCUCAUUCUCCUUUUUCUCGCCCGCUUCUGCUUCUUUCCCUCAAACGUCAAAGCCCUCCUUCCUCUCGGCCAUUAAUGGAGGCUCCAAGCUCCAGCUCCAGGUGCAGAUCCGGUUCCUUUUUCCAGGACCUCAGAUCAAGAGAACUCAAUGGAUUCCGAGUUCGGAAGCGGCCAUACUACGAAGACUCGCAGCUUCAGUUCGCCGAGAUUGGAGAGGUUGCAGUUGAACACAGCGGCGACGAAACUCCCCCGCUGGCAAUCUCGUUCUGCAAGACGGCUAAAAAUGCUCAUAUUCUCGCGGUAUCCGAUGAGGAAGGCUACCUAAGCUUGUUUGAUUCACGGCGGAAGCUCUCCUCCGCGGCUACUCGGCGAGAGAAUACAGGGAAAGCAAGAAUCACAGAGUGGGUAGCUCAUCAGAACGCCAUAUUUGAUAUUCGCUGGAUUAAGGAUGACGCCAGAAUUCUCACAGCUUCAGGAGAUCAAACCAUUCAAUUGUGGGAUGUACAAGGGAAGAAAUGCAUUGGCGUGUUACUGGGGCACACUGGAAGUGUUAAAUCUCUGUGUUCCCAUCCAACUAAUUCUGACCUUCUUGUCUCAGGUUCAAGAGAUGGUUCAUUUGCUCUGUGGGACUUGAGAUGCCAGAAUACUUCCACCAGACGGUCCACAGAAACUUGCAUAAGUUCAACUGCAAUGGUAAAACGAGCUCAUCUUUCAGCACAAGCAAAACGGGUUAGGCGGACCAAGACUGCUUCCACGAGCAUCACCUCGGUACUUUAUCUCAAAGAUGAGGUGUCCAUAGCCACUGCUGGUGCUGUAGACAGCAUUGUCAAGUUCUGGGAUACUAGGAAUCUGAAAUCUCAAGUUACUCAAGUCUCCCCACAGCCUAAGUCAUCAACCGAAAAGGUGAAUAUAAUGCAUGGUAUAUCCAGUCUAUCUCAGGACUCUAAUGGGAUGUUCCUUACAGCAUCAUGCAUGGAUAAUAGAAUUUACUUGUACAAUGUGCUGCAGCUUCAAAAGGGUCCUGUACAAUCAUUCACUGGAUGCCAAAUAGAAUCGUUCUUUGUAAAGUCAGUGAUUAGUCCUGAUGCUUCUUCCAUACUCAGUGGGUCUAGUGAUGGAAAUGCUUACGUGUGGCAGGUGGAAAGGCCCCAAAUGGAUCCUACAGUAUUAAAAGGUCAUGACGGAGAAGUGACAGCAGUAGAUUGGUGCCAAUCUGAAGAAGGCAAGAUAGCAACUUGUGCAGAUGAUUUCACGGUUCGUGUUUGGAAUGCUGAAACCAACUAUAGUUCAAGCUCUAGAUCACCAACUUCGAUCAGGAGGAGAAUAAUGAACCUCCCAAGUCGGGAACAAAGGCAGUUGAAUCUUGGUAGUGAAGAAAAAGAUUCUUCAGAUCCUGAAGAAGCCAUGAACCACCACAUUACCUUACCAACUUCCGAAUCAAUAAUGCCUCCCAUGGGGACUCCUGAAGCUCAAAAGAAGAGGCUCCACCAUGAUCCAAUUGAGAGCGUUGAGACAACAACCCCUGAAUCAGCAAUGAAAAGCCCUUCUUCUGUUUUAAACCCUCCCUCUUCCUUGAAAAGAAAAACCAUUCGAGAUUACUUCCUAACUGCUUAGCACUUUGUAAAAGAAAAGUAACUAGAUUCAUUGGUCCUUCAAUUCUGCAGCUGCAGCCUCACCACUUUUGCAGAAACCAGAAUGUGUCAAGCAUAUAGCAACCAUAACUUUGUUUAUUUAUAAAAUGUAGGUAGCCAAUUUUAUGGCUCUCAGCACCAGGAAUUUGAAAUGCUGAGAACCCUAAAAAAAACUCUGCUAUUACAUGUUGGAGGAUUUACUACUAGGCAGGCUGGUUGCAAACAAAAUAAAUGAAUAACUGAUGCAUUAUCAAUUUCGGCCGCCCAUUAUCAUUAUCAUUAUUAUGAGUUUGUUAGUGGUUUUGGUUAUUGUUUAGGAAUGGUAUUAAUUAUUAAAGUAUUUAAGGUAGU